AUGGAGAACAUCUUCAUGUACUGCCUCUGUACCUGGUUUUUCAGCUGCACAGUGAGGAACAGGAAAGACCUCCAGAAGGUCACUAGGAUUGCUGAGAAGGUCGUUGGGUGCUCUCUGCUCACACUGGAGGACCUUCACAGCUCUUACUGCCUCAGGAGAGCCACUAACAUCAUUAAGGACACAUCCCACCCGGGCCACCCCCUGUUUGAGUUACUGCCGUCAGGCAGACAGUACAGGGCUAUCAGGACCAGGACAAAAAGACUGCAAAACAGCUUUUUCCCAAACUCUGUCCGUUCCAUCAAUGCCUCUAUGAAAGCCAGAUGAUGUGUUGCCCAUCUCAUCCCAUAACAUGAUAAACAGUGGCAAGGAAAAACUUCCCAAAUCUACCCCAGCCCAACCCCUCAUUCCCACCCCAAGAUUUAAUUGCAACAGAAACAUGUAUUAAAAUGCAUAAACUUAAAAGGGCUUGAUUUCGUGGAAAGAGGAAACGUCAUUUUAAAACUCAAGAUAAGGAAACACUCGAGGUUUAGAAACAAAGAAUGAAAUUUAAGAAAUAAUAAAUAAAAGAAAUAAAAAUAACGGUAAAAGAUACUAAAAUAAGAGCACCAAAAUAGCUUAAUAAAAGGACAAUCCUGUGACUAAAACGAGAAUAGAUAAAUGCUAAAACACUUAAGGUUAAUGAUAUAAAAUUUAGUUAAAAGCAAGACUAAAAAGGUAAGUUUUCAGUUGGCUUUAUCACUUGGAAUGUGGUGAAAAUCAACCGCAGGCCACUCUUGUAGCUGAAUGUGUGACAUUUUGAGAUUAAAAACCAUAUGUGGCACCCUGAACAUCAUUCAUCACUCAUUCAUUGGUAUUAUUUAUAUCACAGGUGUCAAACUCUAGGCCUGGGGGCCAAAUCUGACCCGUGGAACAAUUAUAUCUGGCUCACAGGCUCAUAUCAUAUUUGUUUAUUAUUGGCCCACCAGUAUGAAGUCUGCAGAUUUCCUUCAGUAUAAUAAUGUAAACCUUCGCACCAUUAUUUAAAAUGUCCUUAAUGAGCAACGAAAAUCUGGGAAAUUCAAGAGUAAGAAAGAUUUGAUAGAUAGUCAAGAAUGUGGGGAAAAACAUUUGGUGUUUUAUUUCAUGUUUUUAAUUUUGCAUUUCAAAAUUUUUACUGUUGUAGGUGUGCGAAUGAUCAAAAAUCAAUAUAUUGGCAGAAAUAGAGGGCCCAAAAUUCAAAUUUUGCUUAAGGCCCCAUUGAGGCUUGACUCCUAAAUAGAGAAAUAGAGGCGAGCACAUGCCUGUCAAAUACAAAUAUGUGGUUUUUCAUAAAUAAAAUGGACCCCUGUGAUUAUUUGACAACUCUGUUCAGCCAGGGAUAAGGUUGUUUGAGGUGCUCAAACACUGAGUGGUACAGUAAAUCACAUUAAACGUGGUCCACGGCAGAUUAUACACUCCCUCCUUCACAUCACUCGCAGCUGUGGAUGAAAAGCUCUAGAAACGUCUAGUUACGCUCCACCUACGUCAGCGCCGCCAUUCUCAUCCCGACAUACGCAAGAGGAGCCGGAGUAAUCCAGAGUCCGCGAGAGGCGUUUGCAUUGCACUGCCUGUUUGUUGCUUGCAUUCCCCCCUUUUUUUCCUGCGACCAUCAUUAUUUUCCUCUCAAGACUUCUUUAACUGCGAAAAAAAGGUCGCUUUGCGUGGAGAGAUGUAAGUUGUGGAAAGUUUAUUUAAGGGCACAACGGAGGGGAAUGUGAUAGUAACCUGUUUUAGCUAGCUAACGUUAGCCGUGUGAUAACAUGCUUUUUCAAAGGCGGGAGGUUGGCCUCGCCUCAGUAGACUACAAGCUAACGAUAGAAAACCUAGUAGUCUGAGACAUAUAUUUCAAAAUAGAUGAAAAGAGUGUAUUAUUGCGAGGAUUUAGUUCGUCCUGGUUGUACAUGUGAACGCCGCUACUUUAGCCCACAGGGUGAAUCAGGCGCACCGCAUGGCUCCAUGAACGUAGUAGAGAGCGUCAGGGAUGUUAGCCUGACCAGCUACCAGAGUGUUCAUUGAACCACUUCAUUAGGAGGGAUUUCAUCAGAUUGGUUUGACUCAUGUAGUGUACUUCUGGAGUCAUAAAAUAGUCGAAACCGUCUUCUCUUAAAUUUAAGUCAAAUGUAUGAUGAUGAUGGUGUUGGUGUUGGCUUGAUCACAAAGUUGUUUGGUCAUUUGUACAUAACGGGAGCCUCCUCACACUGCCGGGGUUGGUCUCUGAUCAUUCUUAAGAGGAUUUGGAUUGCGAGGCCUGAGUUAAAUAGGAGAAGAAUAUAGUGCCAGCACACUGUACAACCAUGCGUGGAAAUCUUGUGCAUAAUCGGAGUGAUUUAUUGAGAUUUUUGUUACAGCACUUAUUGCGUCUUCAGUGAUAAUCCCUCAUAUGACCAUGUUAUUAAAAGAGUGAGAAACUUAACAAAAGUUAAAUAUGUGGUACAGUUACAGUUCGUAAUAUCAUGGCUAGUUAGUUUAUGUAAGUCUUUAUUGGAAAUCCAUAGGGCUGGGCGAUAUAUCAAUUAGGGCCCGACCGAUAUGGAUUUUUUGGGGCCGAUACCGAUUAUUAAGGUCCUAACACACUGUGCCAAAUCGAAUAUAGAACAUGAAAUUACGAAAUAUCGGGAGGAGAAUUUUGACACGCCUUACUAUACACAAAAAGCUAGAUGCGAUUUUGCGACUUUCCGGGGGCGAAAGUCCUGCCUCUGUCGCCUCUGAUUGGCUAGAAAAACUAGAAACGCCAUCACACGCUCAAGCCAAAUGGUUAGCACUUAUAGCCAAUCAGAGGCGAUAAGAUAAGCACAUGAAACUAGGCAAUAUGAAGCCUAAAUAUAUCGGGAUAUGACUUUUGGUCCAUAUCGCCCAGCCCUCAUUCGUUUAUAUAACUCUUUAUUGGAAAUCCAAUAUCCAGCAUCAGUAACAAAUCAUAGCGUUUGCCAUGGGUUAAAUUAUAACAGCCAAUUCUUCCAUGUUCUUGAUCUCUUAUAGCUACACCUGCAAAAGCAGACUGAUUUCUGCAUAUACACUGCAAGUGGGUAACACUGGAUGAGUUGAGCGUUACUAAUAAUUUAAUGGUGAACUUGGGAUACAAGUUUCAACAGGGUUUCUAAAAAUUGAGAUUUUGGGUUAUUUGAACUGCAUGAUAUGAAACAGACAUGAGGUUUGAUAUAACUAACAUAAUUAAAUGCUACAUGAAUAUUAAUCAGUGUUUAGAAUUAUAACUAUAAUGAUAAAAAUGAUAGUAAGACACUUAAAAAAUAAAGAACCUUGAACACAAUACAGAAAUAACAUAAGAGCCUUUUGAUACAGAGGCACUUAAAGGAUACUGAUGUAGCUAGUCUGAGAUCCUCAGGCGGUUUGGUUGGUCCACAGCUGAGGAGCGCAAACAGCAAAUGCUCUGUCCCCUUUCCAGUGUGAGGUGGGAGCAUUAAGGGCGUUCCUGCAUGCAGAUGUGAGGCUGGGCACAGAUUUGUAAAGGGGCAGUAGUAUGGUUAUGUAUUUAAAAGGUAAUGAGUAAAAACCAUAAUAUCAGGUCUAAAAGGUCUUAAAAUUAGCAAUAUGCUCUCUCUUCUUAUAUCGUGGUUAAAACUAGCUUGUGCUUCAUCUGACUAUCUAAGAGUAGUGUAAAAGCAUGGCCCUGAUACCCACAACCUCAUUCAGAAGGUAAAAUGUAAACACAACAUGUAAGAAAGCAUUGCUUGUUAACUUAUAAUAUAUUUCUGAGUCAUUGUGAUAGAUUCAGACCUUGGUGAUGUUUAUUAUGAAUGCUCAUAUUGCAGUAAUGAUGAAGCAGGACUUUGUUAGGAUGCACAUAUGUUGCACUAUAAAGGCUUCUGGAUACAAGAGCUCUCUGUGUAACUGGAUGCAGUGAGGCAACAUGAUCCAAAGGCUGUUUGGUGGCAGGCUGUUUUGCCUAACUACUAACCCAUCUGUCGUCUGCACUUCUGACCUGUUUCAUAUAUUUUUAAUGCAAGUUAUGUCUCUGAUAAGCUGUACUGGGGAAUGUUGGAAAUCUUGAUUGUCGUUCUGAUCGACUUCCUACAAUGUGGUUUUUCAGACUGGGUGAAAAAAAAACAGCUUCCCUUUUGUUACUAGUCGUUUAUAUUUUGUUUUCCAUUUUUUAACAGGCAUCCGGCUACUGCCAAGUGGUACGACAGGAGGGACUCUGUUUUUAUCGAGUUCUGUGUAGCAGACAGCAAAGAUGUUAAAAUCAAUUUUGAUAAAACAAAGUGCGGUUUCAGGUAUGUGUCUCUCAUUCUAGUUCUCUGUUCAGUAUUAAAAUGACUGUGUCUUUUGCUUGCACAGUUUACUUUCAGUUUGUCACUUUAUCUGACAGUUUUAACCACGAGUUAUUGUUUCUGCAGCUGUCUUGGUGGAACUGACAACGUCAAACAUGAGAAUGAAAUAGACCUUUUUGAAGCCAUUGAUGAGAAUGUAAGUUUAGUUUAGCUGUGAGUAAUAUUGCUCUAAAACAUUUAGUCUGUGCAGUCUCAAAAAAUCAACCUCAUUUCUGUCUGUUUUUCCUUUUUUUACAGGAGUCCAAACAUAAACGCACAGAUCGCUCAGUGUUGUGCUAUUUACGAAAAGCACAGCCAGGGAAGGCAUGGCCAAGACUAACAAAAGAGAAAGCGAAGGUCGGUCACAAACAAAACCAAAACUGUGAGAAGUCUGAAAAGUGAAUGGAUCGCCAUAGAUAUGUCUAAAUGUGUAAAAAAUAUCAAAUGCCGUAAUGAGGAAUUUCUCUGUGUCUACAGCUGAGUUGGCUCAGCGUCGAUUUCAACAACUGGAAAGACUGGGAGGAUGACUCGGAUGAGGAGAUGGGCAACUUCGAUCAAUUCUCAGAUGUAAGCACUGUGCAUUGAUGAGUGGGAGUGAUUUAAUUCAUAACUGCCUCUGAAGACCUCAGCACUUGACAUCAUUGAUUUUUUUUAAAGACACAAACAGGCCCAUCUAGUGAAUCUACAUAUUAUUCUUGGUGUAAAAGAAAAUCAAGGAAAUUAUAAACAGUUUGUCCCUCCAGAACGUUAUUUUUUUCUGUUAAUAAAAUAGUUUUUCUAAUCAGGUGGUUUAAACCGUCUCACCUCCACAGAACAGUGUUUCACGGUCAUUCAUAUUAUUUGCUGUAUUACUGUUUGCCUCUUUAAAUAGAAGUAAUUGGCUGCCAGCUUCUUGAUCACACCUCGUCUCACCUCACUUGUGUAACUGUGUCAUCGCCGUGUGCCAGCUUGACAAAUCUGAUUGACCUAUGGACCAAACUUGUAGGUGUAAUGAAUGGGAUUUGUCAGUUCCUGUCUGCAAACACACCUUCCUGAGUUGGCUCCUCCCUCUUGGCACAGGGAGAAGAGGAAGAGUAGCUGUAAUCUAGCAUGCUAGAGCAGGAAUGAGGAAAGGGAGCUGUGUACAGGGAUGUUGAUUUAAAAUAAAGGUGGUUUUUUUUGACCAUCUUGAGUUCAGCGGCUGGUUGGAGCUGAUAAUGCAAUGCGAAAAGGACUGACACCCAAAAUCAUAUACACUUUUUUUUAAUGGGCCUUAAUUGAGGACUAAGGAUUUACUUUUUGAUCAAAUGAAACCUUUUCUUGAGACAAACCUGACUCACAUCUGAGUCUUAUUCAUGUCAUAGCAUUGGUUUUGUUAUUGGCUUCAUCAUAAAUGAAAUGGUGGAUUUUCUGUUCAACUUUGCAGAUGAUGAACAACAUGGGAGGUGAGGACGACCUACCUGAUCUAGAUGGUGCAGAUGACGUAAGAACUCAUUUUCUUUUACCUAUUUUUGAUGCAUCAGGAUGGAGUUUACACCACCAACACAAUAUAUUGUAGCAGUUUUACCACUUAUAACAUUGUAGAUUACUGUCUUUUAUAAUAAUGCUUUGUCAUACAAUAUUUUACACACUUUUAUUCCACCUUUAGCAUAUAUAAAAGCAGUAUACAGGCAUAUAUAAGUCUACACUUAACCUUCCUUUUUUAAAGAUGAUCUAAGUUUGGUGGAAACAUGAUUUCUGCAACAAUAUUUCGGUUAGUUUGGAUGCGUCACUUCACCAGUUUAGGUGAACCUUAUGUCCACAUGGUGCAACUGGCAUCCUAACUUGAGACUUAACUUCUACAGAGUUUGUGCAACAGGCCUCUACUGUCUAUUAGUGAUCAUUGAGAGGUGCACAUUGAGGAUUUAGCUGUGAACUUUCUUCUGUGAACUCUUGUUGAACCAUUCAGUCAGAGGAAGCAUUUCAAACCUCAUCGCUUCCUUUAUCUUUUACAGGAUGAUUCUGCAGAUAGCGAUGAUGAGAGUAAGUGUUUGAGCUUUCUACUCAGUACGACAGCUUAUUAAUUUUGUGUUUGAAAAAGAAAGUUGUUGUGAUUCAAUGUUUAAUUCGUCUUGUGUUGUUCCUCUCUUUCAGAAAUGCCAGAUCUGGAAUAG